AUGGACGAACAGACUAGAUUGAGGGUAUUUGAGCCCUUAGAUACAAAUUCAUUAUCAAUAAUCUCAUCCGCAUCAUCCACAAAUUUAAGUGGUUUAAAAUCGAAUGCAAAUAGCUUUAUGAAUCAUCGGGGAAAUAAAACUCCAACGACCCCAUCAUUGCCUCACAAUGAUGAAAACGGUAAUGGAAUGUUACAAUGGAAAUUGGAAAAGAAAGAUUUCGUUUUUAAUAGUAAUAGUACACCUUCAAAGAAAAGACAUAAUUUUAGCGGAUCUAGUUCAAGUAGACCAGAAUUAUUACAGGUUAAGAAACGUAAAUCACAAUUGAUUGGUGCCAAAAGAAGAAUGCAAUCAAAAUUAGCACAAUCAACCUCAAAAUUAGACCUCUUAGAGGUGGAUAAGAUUACAACAUUACCAUUGGUACCGCCUCCACAAAACAGAUCUGAAUAUUCAUUAUCAUCGUCCUCUAAUAGUGGAAACAGUGUGGAGUCUAAUAUAUUAUGUCAUUAUCAACCGAAUGAAUGCGUCAAACCUAACCUAAGAAUUCAAAAAUCAAAAUUAAACCUUGUUGAAGAGAUCAGGAUACAUAAUAAAAAUGGGAAUCGAUAUAUUAGUUAUGGAACUCCCAAUCCAUUGAUGAUCACACAAGAUGGUAUUGAUGAAGGUGAGGAAGAAGAGGGACAACCUAUUGUGAUGAUAGAAGACUAUAUCCCUUACAAUGAAUUAUCUAAGAAUGGUGCUAAGAAACGUGUAUCAAUGUCUGAUCUUCGGAGUAAAAUGAAUAAACGUAACGAUUCACAUAUCCCAUUAAAAUUUAAGAAAGGUAAUAGUAAAUUACCAAAUGUCCCUGAAGAUAGUAAUAAUAAUAACCGAAAACGAAUGUGUAAUAUGGUGAAUGAAUUAUUAAACCCUGAGGAUCAUCAUAGCGUUUCGGAAUAUGGUGAUAAAUAUAUAUCUGAUUUAGGAAUUGGAACUCCACAAUUACGAAAAUGUGUUAUUUGUGAGCGACCAUUAUAUGAAUUGGUCAAUACAUUAUCUCAUCAUGAACAAUUUAAAGAGAUUGUGUGUGAAAAUUGUACGUAUGCUUAUGAGCAUGCUUCAAAAUUAUUUGAGAAUUGUGAAUUUGAGACCUCUGGAGAGAGUCAUAAUAGUUCAAGUUUCAUGAGUGAUUUAGAGAGUUCACUAGAUAAUGUUGUUAUGACUACUACAUCUGUUGGUAACAGUAAUCAAGUUAGUGGUCAAGAUGGAAGACAAACUUUUUCACCUGAACUUAUUAACCUAUUAAAAUUACAAGUGUCACAAUCUGAAAGGAAUCGGUAUUAUCAAACCCCACAGACUGAAAACAUUAAACCUAGUCUUGCGUGGUUUCUUGAAGCAAGAGAUAAAUUGCACUUACAAUGGCAGACGAAUGGACUUGUACCUUUCUUCAUGCGUAGAAUAGAACAAUAA